AAAUAUUUCCUCAUAUUUUAACUCGACUUAGUUGUGAUACGAUGUCUGAAGUGAUAACAGGUUUGUUGAAGGUUACCUUCGGUUUAAUAUCGAACAAACUUCGUGCUUAUGGCGCUGAGAAACUCCAAGAUGGAGGUCUCACUGAUCAAAAGUUUCGAGGUUUGAUUGUUCGUGAAUUGGACGACAUUAAGUCUAAACUUGAUGCUAUUUCGAGAAAAGAUCUUUGCGCCAGUAUUAGUUUCCUACAACAAGGCAUCCAACGUCUAAACAUGUCUUUUGGCGAAUCUUCUGAGAGUGAAAACCCAUCUACAUCUGAAUUACCGAAUGACGGAAAGCAAUCACAAGGCACAACGAAAGCUUGCCCUGGGGCAACUGCAACCGACAAGAAGCCAGCUCAUCAGUCGGUGGCCGUAGAAGACGCACUUGUGCUGGCCAAUGUCAUUGGGAAAUUAACGAUCGAGUCAAAUGAACUAUUUGCGUUGGCUAAAAAAUCCUUUGAAAAGGCUGGGGAAGAAGCAACACGAGCAUUUCAUAACGCAGCACUGAGUACAGACGAAAGAAUUUUAGCGAGUAAAGUACGCAUCGCAAGCGGAAUACUGGAACAUUUGGACCGCCCGGAAGUCGCGGCAACUGACUGUUUGCACUACCUGCGAGAAUUGCAUGAUAUGCCAGCCAUAAAGGAAAUAUUUUCAGUGCACGUUGGAACAGGAAUAAAAUCAUGGUUCAAAUCAGGUUUAAAGAAAGAUUCACGAGUGGAAAUCGUGAAAACCGUAACGUUGAUCAAUUUAAUCUUGGCUGAUUUUAUUUCGAAGUUUACAAAGCGAAGAAUGGCUGUUUUUGAUUGGCCAAUGAUAGAAUGUGGUAAACGAGUUGUCCAUCCAAUUCAUUUCAAGACAGAGAAUGUACCAAAUCUGAAAGAAAUGCAAAUAACACCACCCUGGGACAUUGUAGUAUCUGACGAUGAUCUGUUAACCGGUGCAACAACGACCACUUACGAAGCUAUCAGUGUUCAAAAAGCACCUGUGUUAACCACAAAAGGAGAUCUCAUUUAUUUUACAGAUGACAGACGUGGUCUUCAAAAACUCGACACAACGACAGGUAAGCUGCAGCCGUACUGUCUUUCGCCUUUGAAAGACAACACUGAACAUCCUCAGCCCAGCAGUGAAUUCAUUGGUAUAGCUAUCGAUGAAAACGACACAGUGUACGUUCUGUCGCGUGACGACAAAGAUGGAUACACAUUGUCAGUCUACAGUAGAGAUGGAAGAAAUACGCAUCAUAACACUUUAGAAUUUCUUCAAGGGGUGCCAGACUUUGAAUGCAUCACUGUCAGCAAUAACAAAAAUAUUGUUAUUUGUUUCAAACAUGAGCACAAAAUAAUGGUAUAUUCAUGUAACUGCAAAGGAAAGCUGAUUAACAGUUCAGAAUUAGCUCUUCCGAUUGAUCCUGACAAUUGUCUACAACAGUCAGUUUCUGUUUCUUGUGAUAAUGAAAUAAUACUCACAACAUGGCAGUGGAAUGAGUGGACUGAAUCAGAGAAAGAUACAAAUGUGCUUUACAUCUUCUCCGCAGAAGGACAGUUAAAAACGACUGUCAAAUUUCGUCCAAGUGAAAGUGGCCAUAUCUAUGGCAGUCUAUUUUACAACCACGACAGCAAGACCAUCAUCGGUCAUGUUGAGGACUAUGGUGACAAUAAGACGUUGAUACAAUAUUUGUCUGGUCAAACUGCCAAACUUCAACUUUCAUAUUUACUGUAUGAUACAAAUUUUCCAGAAAGUAUAUUUAGUUUUUUCCCUGCCCACCAUACAAAUGGUGCACUUGCUUUGGUUAGUAAAAAGUAUGUAAUUUUUCUUCAAAAACCUUCUCCGUGAACGUUAACAGAACGUUUUAUCAACUAGUCUGGGAAUUCACGAUGAUUUACUGCACUUCCCAUUUACUACGUUUUAGGAGAAAUAAUACCUCACCCUUCUUAAUUGCCACCUCCCCGCCACCUUGAAUAACCUAGACACACCCAAACAUGACUGCAGUAAAAAAGCCCCCUGGGAGCUUUUCAUUUUUGUCUAAUAUAGAUAUCUUACUAUAGAGAUUUCAAUAUAUAGUAAACAAAUUAAAAUAAAUCAUGUAUCUUUUACUAUUAAUAAAAGAAUGUUGCUGUUGUGUUCUGAUUGGUCAGUGGUCUCUACAUACCCUAGUACCCAGGCCUUUCCCCAUGAGCCUGGGAGACGGGGCGUGGCUGCAGCCCUUUCACUACUUAGUGUUUGAUUGGGCAGAUUCUACUUAAAAAUCUGGCAAUUAUUUGCUAGGCCUGCCUCCGUAGAAUGUACUGUAUCAUGAUAUUAGGG